CGUCUCAGGGUAGAUACACUCGGGGCCUUCUUUGUUCCCACAACACUCCUAAGUCACUUCGGCCUCAAGACGCAUGUGAGAUCACGUCUGAGGAGGCUGUCGACAUGUGACAUUGCCUACGGAUACAAAUUGCAUCCGAAGACUACCGCGCACAGACGUAUUAGUAAGGCCGGAUGUAUUUUCCUUCGUAUACAGAAGACGGAUGCAUUUUUUGCUAAGAGCAACGACUACUUACAAUUUGCUUACAAAGGCCGUGAGUACCUAGGUAUGCUUGGUCAUUCAGGAUGUAAUGAGGUUCCGAAGCCGCCUGCCAAGUGUGUUUAUGAUCUUGCGCAGUAUAAAAAGAGUCGCCGGGUGCUAUACUGAGCCACAUCAAAGAGCACAUCAGUACUGAUCGAUUAUACCACGCACCAUCUUCCAACAACAACUAGCCAACCGUAGAGAUGUCUGUCAUUGCUGUCGCAGGAGGAACCGGAAAGCUCGGCCGUACUAUAGUCGAAGCCAUCCUUGAACAGGGAAAGCAUCAUGUCGUCGUCCUCGCUCGACUGGGUAGCGAAUCCAAAGCCAAAGAGCUCGGCGUACCUGUACUUGGGCUUGACUACAGCAACGUGGAGGCUAUCAGAGAUGUCCUACAGUCCAAUGAUGUCGGUACGGUCAUCUCGACUUUGGACACUAUGGCUGGAGCGGAUCCAGAGAUAGCAUUGAUCAGAGCCGCGGAUCUGUCCACCAGCACGAAGCGAUACAUCCCAAGUUUCUGGGGAAUUCGAUAUACGCCUGAAGUGAAAGCGAUUUUUCCGGUAGCCGAAACUAAGCUCGCUGCGAUGACAGCUCUCGAGGCUUCGUCUCUCGAGUACACCUGUGUGGUCAACGGCUUUUUUCUUGACUACUACGUUAUACCCAAGGUUUCGUCACACAUGGGCCCAUUCCCUGUCGUCAUUGAUAUGGCCAACAACGCUGCAGCAAUUCCUGGAUCUGGCGACGUGCCUGUCGCUUUCACGCACACUACGGAUGUUGCGCGUUUUGCUGCUAGUCUGCUCGACCUCCCCAGCUGGCAACCAGAAUCCUAUAUCGUUGGCGAGAAGCUGACAUGGAAAGAAUUCGUGGCUAUAGCUGAAGAAGUCAAAGGCGUCAAGUUCGAUGUACAGUUUGAUCCGUUGGAGAACUUGCAAAAGUACCAAGUAACCGAGUUACCUGGACAUAAGGACCUUUAUCCUUUCUUUCCAAAACAGAUGCUCCAGCCCUUCAUAGCCACGUUUGGCAUACUAUUCGCCAAGGGGUUCUUUGAUUUCGAUGCGAUUCCUGGACAGGGGGAUAUGAAGGCACGAGGCGUGAAGGAACUCGUGGAGCAGGCUUGGCGAUAA